UAUGUGACCACAGAAAAAGACCUUCAAAAACAACAUGUCUGCGCACGGAGGAAUGUGCACACGCUUUGGAAAUUAAACCUUUAACGGCUGAUAUCAGGCUAUUUUAUUAGGUUUCCAGAAAGAAUGUCUACCCCAGCGAAAGGAGCAACGAAGAAAGAAAAAAAGAAGCCCAUACCAGUGAAAACUUCACUGAAUAGCCCAUACAGCAUUCACUGGAGUCCACUGGAAAGAGAACACAAGCAUUUCAUACUGAACACACUUAAAGUCAAACUAUCCGCUGUCGGGCUUCAGAAACAACGUGUCAAUAGGUUUCGCGAGUGGGGCAGCAGAAGGAGGUCAAGAAAAAAGGCAUCAAAACCCACUGAGGACCAAAAACCAGCUCCUGAACCCGCAGAGAGUGUACAGACCCCCUCUAAGCCCACCGAGCCGUGCUGGACCAUCCCGACCGUGAGGAAACAGCUGGCCAUCGGCAUCAACGAGGUCACCAAAGGCCUGGAGAGGAAUGAACUGAGUUUGGUGCUCGUGUGUAAUUCGGUAAGGCCAGCACACAUGACGUGCCAUUUAAUCCCGCUGAGUAAAACGAGGUCGGUGCCCGCCUGCCAGGUGCCCAGCCUGAGCGAGAGUCUCGCGGGGCUGCUGGGUCUCAAGUGCGUCCUGGCGCUGGGAUUCAAACGCGGCGCCGAGGUGUUCGAGGAUGUGGUCCGCGCGAUCACACCUGUGGUUCCGCCGCUCAAAGUGGCUUGGAUUCCGACGGAUUCAAAAGCGAAAGCCGAGGAAAAGCUGGCCGACACGUUAAAGGGGCAGAAAAGGAAAUUAGAAGAAAUGUCGGAUGAAGCCACUGACUCGUCGCCUUUAAUCCUCCAGCCUCUGAAAGUAAAGAAAAUCAUCCCGAAUCCUACGAAAACCAGAAAGCCGAAAAAGAAAGGAAAGCAAAAGUGCUCAACAAGUGUUUAACCUGUGCUCUAUGAACGCAGGUUACUAUAUAGUGUGUUUGGACAGAUGUGAAUUGUUUAGUAUAUUUUUAUGGAUAUAAAUAGGAAAAAGACCGAGAUGAAUUGUUUUGUAUUUUGGAUGCUUUUAUUCAGUCAAAUAUCCAUGCUGGUAUACCUUGAUGUAUAUUUUUGUCAAUUAUAUAUUUAGGUGAACUAUCAUGUUUGACAUGGUGCUGGUACUUAUUCCCAUCAGUUCCAACCUGCAAUGGAGUUCAAUAAAAAUACUGUCUUGAGAAAGAGAAAGCUGAUCAUUUAAAACUACACAAUUUGACAUUUAAAAAAACAACCUCUCUGAAAUAAGGCAAGUACUUCGGGUGUUCUAACCAUAACCCACAAGUUCUCAAACCAUACAGAUUGGAAAAAAAGUUUCAUGCUCAUUUCAUACAGCAAGCCUU